CUCUGUCUUUGCGUGCGGUUCAGUUUUAGAAGUAGGAAGAAUCGUUCAAGUAGAGGCGAGAUCCGUGCGUUUUCCUUUUACCCGACUCGAAUACAUUUUUAAAUAAACAAAAAAAAAAUAUAUAAGAAAAGGAAUUCUUUAUUAGUUAAUGAACGCAGUGUACAACAAAUUCAAAUUAACAUUGAAACAUUCAAAAGCAACAAGAUAUCAAAGAGUGUUAAAGCAACAAAUAUAUAAUAGCCUUUUGUUUAGCAAUUGUGCAAUACCCGAAAACCCGAACAUAGAGAAACAGUCGAAAGAGUUUAAUACGCAUCAUAAAAGAAUCUCGGCAACAAAAAAAAUAUUAAAAAAGCAUUGUGCAACUAAGUAAACAAUUGUAAAAGCUUAAACAAAACACGCUCACCCACACACAUAUAGAAAUAUAUACACAUACUACAACAAAAUGAGUGUCUGUGAGAACAAGACCGUUGUGCAACAGCAAUUGCAACAACAGGCCGCCGCUGCUGUUGCGGCUGCCGCAGCCGCUGCCGUUGCUCAGCAGCAGCAACAACAACAACAACAGCCCACGCAAGUGGUGCCACAGCCGCAGCACAUGACGCCCCAACAACAACAACAGAGCACACAAAGCAUUGCCGACUAUUUGGCACAAUUGCUGAAGGAUCGCAAACAGUUGGCCGCAUUUCCCAAUGUCUUUACGCAUGUGGAGCGACUACUGGACGAAGAAAUUGCACGUGUUCGUGCCUCCCUAUUCCAGAUUAAUGGCGUUAAGAAGGAGCCCCUCACCCUGCCGGAGCCCGAGGGUGCUAUGGUAACGCUGAACGAGAAGGUUUAUGUGCCAGUGCGUGAGCAUCCAGAUUUCAACUUUGUUGGUCGCAUUUUGGGACCGCGCGGCAUGACAGCCAAGCAAUUAGAACAAGAGACUGGUUGUAAGAUAAUGGUACGCGGCAAGGGCUCCAUGCGGGACAAAAAGAAGGAGGAUGCCAAUCGUGGCAAGCCCAACUGGGAGCACUUGUCUGACGACUUGCACGUCCUGAUUACCGUCGAGGAUACCGAGAAUCGCGCCAAAGUCAAAUUGGCUCAGGCUGUCGCUGAAGUGCAAAAGCUGCUCGUGCCGCAAGCCGAAGGCGAAGAUGAGCUAAAGAAACGUCAACUUAUGGAAUUAGCCAUUAUUAACGGCACAUAUAGGGACACAACAGCGAAAUCAGUCGCAGCUUUCUCAUGCGUUGGUUCUCCUUCUGCUUCUGUUCUGUAUCCCGCAGUGUGCGAAGAGGACUGGCGCCGUUUGGUUGCUGCAUCGGAUAAUCGCCUGCUGACACCCACAUUGUCCGGACUGGCCACCCAGAUACGUAAUCCCGCCAGUGCACCGCUCGGCGCACCAUUGAUACUUAAUCCACGAAUGACAGUGCCGACAUCAGCGGCCAGCAUACUGUCCGCCCAGGCGGCGCCGACGGCCGCCUUCGAUCAGACCGCCCAUGGCAUGAUCUUUGCAUCGCCAUACACCGACUACGCGAACUAUGCAGCACUGACCGCCAAUCCUCUGUUGACGGAAUAUCCAGAUCAUAGCGUUGGUCGAUAUAUGCAUGCCGGCUCCGUCUUUUGAACUUUUUUUUGUUUGCGUGCACCAUGAAUUUAUUGAUUGAAGUCCAUAUAAAUUGUUAGUUUUUAGUACCAGCUUAAUCUGUAUAUGUAUUUAUGUAUGUACAUGCAUCGAUAUGUAUGUGCGUAUGUACAUAAAUGCAGCAAAAAAGAAGCAAGAUUCUGGCGUUGACAGUGCACAACACAGGACAUAUUCAAUAGAUAUUGAACGUAGUAAUACUACAUAUUUAACUAUAGCUACGUAUAUA